AUGAACUCGUCGGCCAUCGCCGGCGCCUGUGCCGGCCUGGUGUCGAGCGUCGUCACUUGUCCGCUCGACGUCGUAAAGACUCGGCUGCAGGCCCAGGAGGGUAGGCGGCCAAGUAACCGCGGCGCGCCGUCGGCGACCGCAUCAACGUCACCACCACCAUCAGCAGGGAGACCAAACGUCGGCAUGGCCGCAGCAAGCGGCGGUCGACUCUCCCCGAACGCAGCUGUCACGGCCGGCGACAUUGCAGCCGAACAGGGCGCAAGAUACCUCGGGCUAGCCGAUACGCUUAAGCGAAUCUGGAGAGACGAUGGCUUCCGCGGCUUCUACCGUGGCCUCGGUCCGACGAUUUUCGGGUACCUGCCCACGUGGGCCAUCUACUUUACCGUCUACGACAGCUGCAAGCAGGUGCUGGCGCACGACCUGUCGCAGAGCGGCGAAGAGGACUUCCUCAACCACAUCCUCUCUGCCAUGACGGCGGGUGCGGCGAGCACGAUCUGCACCUCUCCGCUCUGGGUGGUCAAGACGCGCUUCAUGCUGCAGUCGGGCGGGCAAAAGGCGGCGGGGCGGUACCGGCACACGGGUGAUGCGUUUGUCCAGAUCUUCCGGACCGAGGGCCUGCGCGGCUUCUACAAGGGGCUGCUGCCGAGCCUGUUUGGCGUGAGCCAUGUGGCGGUCCAGUUUCCGCUGUACGAGGCGUUCAAGGGCUACGCACGGCAGGCCACCCUCGACCGCGGCGGCGGCGGCGGCGGCAACGGCGAGCUGCAGCCCACGACGAUCCUGGCGUGCAGCAGCAGCGCAAAGAUGAUUGCCAGCGUCACGACCUACCCGCACGAGGUGCUGCGUACGCGGUUACAGAUGCAGCCCCGCUCCUCGGGCAGCGCCGGCAGCACCACGACGGCGGCAACAACAAGAUCAGCAGCAUCGCCACCGACGUCGUCGUCGUCGUCGUCUCCAACCCGGAUGACAGCGGCAUCAACUAGCGCAGCGGCAGAAGGAGGAGCAAUGGGGGCAUCAGCAGCAGCAGCAGGGGCGGGUGGAGCGGGAGCGGGAGCGGGAUCCGGGGGGUCGACGAUAACAAAGGGCAAGUACUCGGGCCUGCUGCAGGCGUGCAAGACGAUUGCGAGGGAAGAGGGCAUCCGCGGCUUCUACAAGGGCAUGGGCGUCAACCUCAUCCGCACCGUGCCCAGCUCGGCCUUGACCAUCCUGACGUACGAGGUCAUUAUGCAGCACCUCACCCAGGACCAUGCCGCCGGGCACUAG